GAUUUUGCCUUCAACAAAUUAAAUUGAAUACUACGAUCAAACCAUGACAUGAACUUACUAUACAAAGUAAACUUUAUUUUUUCUCCUGCAACUUUCGAAGCUGUUACACUCAUACCCUCUCAUUCAUUAGUCAUUACCCAUUAACCCACCAGCUCUGCUGAUUAUUGCCUGUAUCAAUUGUAAGACACUUGUUUGAUGAAAUGUCUGAAAGAAAUGCGGUGUCUUGGACUGCCAUGAUUUCUGGGUAUUCUCAAAGAGGGCUUUCUGUUGAUGCAUUGCGUCUUUUUAUACAGAUGCUCAGAUCAGGUAUAUUGUUUAGUUACUAUAAAGCUGAGAUAGAAUUUAGUUACUAUACAGACACUUGUUUGAUGAAAUGUCUGAAAGAAAUGAGUUCAUGUUACUUAUGCUAGUGUAUUUACCUCAUUCUCUGGGCUUUGCUGCAUUAAUUCAAUGUGAAUUACCUGUAGCUCCUCAAAAUUCUAUGAUUGAUAUGCACUUAAAGUCUGGAUAACUUAAUUAUGCAACAAGGAAUUUUGAUAGCAUGCCUGAGCUAACUCUUAUUUCAUGGAAUGUAAUGCCUGUGGGGUAUGGUAUGCACGGAAUUGGAACACAUGCUGCUGACCUGAUGAGAGAUGAAAAUAAAGUAAAAUUUGACAGUAAGGUUUUGGCUAUUCUAUCCUGCAGCAGUCAUGGAUGUUGAGUCAUGGAUGAUUUGUAAAUAAAGGACCGUAAAUCUUUGAUGAGAUGCUGAAAGAAAGUAGUGGGAUCAAUGCAGAGAUGGAUCAUUAUGGAUGUGUUGUCGACUUGCUUGGCCGUGCUGGUCCUAUAAAAGAGGCAUUUAAAUUCAUCAAAAUGAUGCCUUCUAAACCAACUGGUGCCAUUUGGGAUUCACUUUUAGGUGCUUGUACAGUUCAUUCAAAUAUUGAUAUUGGAUGAUUUGUAGGUCAUCAACUUCUGCAGAUGGAACCUGAAAAUGCUGGAAACUACGUAAUCCUUUCCAAUUUAUAUGCUUCUGCAGGAGAAAGAACCAGGAAGAAGUUGGAUUGAACUUGACCAAAUCCUGCAUACUUAUCAUGCAAGUGACACUCCCAUCCAAGGAGAAGAAGUAUUUGGGAGGGUGACCUGGGUGAGGGCAUAAUCAAUCAAGUUUAAGGAAUCCUUAUAUGUCCCUUCCCCGAGUUGUGUUUUAUACGAUGUGGAUGCGGAGCAAAAAAAGAAAAUACUUCUAGGCCACAGUGAAAAACUAGCUUUGGCUUUCAGACUCAUUGCUGCUUCUAAUCAGAGUGAUAAAAAACCUCUGCACCUGUGUUGAUUGCCACAGUUUUGCCAAAUCUGUAUCAAAGGUUCAUGGAAGAGAAGCGUCUUUGAGAUUAUGUUUUCAUAUGCUUGUAAAGAAUGUGAGAGGGCUAUAGCAAUUUAAGUACUAGUUGGAGAACAAAGUUGCAUCUGAAAUGGAGGGUGAUAAGAUCAUCCAUGACAUGAAUUAAUUGGAGAAAUUAACAGCGUACUCGAAUUCAAUUUAGUUUAUUGAAGAAAGAAGAAAAUGUUUCCAGCUAACUUUAGCAAGGUGAUCUAAUAUGUAAUUGGCACAUUCUGACACUUCCAUUAAAUGCUAGUGGUUCAGUUGCAGAAAUUGUGUUUCCUCUUUGCCCUUGCAAUAAAACAAGGUGCAACUCAAAAGGAUCUGGCAAGAAACUUACUCAUCAAUAAUAGGGCAUUGAAAAAGAUAUCACAAAUGACUGGCCAAGAUCAAGCAGCCUAUGUUAGAAGGUCAAGCGAUAGCUUAGCAAGAGGCAAAUCUAAAUCUAAGUUUCGCGGAGUUGUAAGGAAUGAAGUCACGGGGAAAUGGCUAGCAAGGAAAGGAACUAGCAAAGAUUGUUUCUUGGGAUUGUAUGAUACUGAAGAGGGAGCCGCAAUUGCAUUUGAUGUACAAUGUAUAAGAGAAAAGGGAUACCGAGCCAUCACCAACUAUAGCUUGAGGUGUUAUGAUGUUGAAUCUAUCAUCAAGAGCCAGCUAGCUUUCCUACAGCAGCAACAAGCGAAGUUGGAUUUGCAAACAAUAAGGCAUUGUCAGCAGCAGCAGCAGUCUCCCAGAAAGCCUGCAGCUUUUCACCUUAAUGUGGUACCGAAAAGCGUGGUCUCAGAAGUGGACAGAAAGCAGUAUAUGGUUUGGACACUUGCAGCUGCAAGAAGGGAGCUUGCUGCAAAAGCAUCAACCUCUCGUUUCGAGCAUGGAGUUUUGAGCCCAUUCAGCCCCUACCAUCAAGUGUUACAGUCAAAAGAAGAUCAGGGCCGGUAUGACAGCAGGCAUGAUCGGGCUUCUUAUGCGACACGGGUUGUUCCAUACAGCUGGUUUGGUCCCUACCAGACUAGCUCAGCCACAGAAGCCUCCCUAAGAGCUCAGGGAUUGGGAUUUCAACAUGCAAGCUCGAGUUAUUUCGAGGCUUAUGACAGCAACAAUCAGAACAAAGGGAAAGAAAGGGUUAUUGAUAUCUGAAUUUAGAAGUUUAUAACUGCAGCCUGUAUGCAGUAAAGACUAAAUAUACAAAGCAGUAUAUGUAAUAAAGAGCAAUAGCAAUGUGUUUCUAUUGUUAUUAGAACUGAUAAGUCCAAUGAGUGCUUGAGAAGUGGAAACUUAUUGGAUUAUGAAUGUUAAAUGACAGUUGUAAUGUGUUUUUUUGGUAAAAUCAUUUGAUAUCCUAAUAGUUAUGUUAUUAAUGAA